GGGCUGCAUAAACAGCAUAUGUCUUGUUGUAUGUAAGUAUCUUCUUCACUCUAGACGUUCAGCAAUGAUCCUAAAAUACCGGAGGAGAAUGAAGAUAUGAAAGAUGAUAGCAAAAAGUGGAUAGUGGUCUUUCUUGUUAUUGGAGUAGAAAGUGGGAUUGGUAUAUUCUUACAGGUAUGGGUUAUAAUGUCAGAUUCCUGCAACGGAAAAUUUAGUUCGGUUCUUUCCUCGGUAUUAUUCACCAAAUUAGUUGUGGAAAUUAUAAUGCGCAUCUGGGAUAUUUUGAAUCUCAACUAUUACGAACAGGAAUAUAACAAACAAAGGCACGCAGAAUUUCUUUAUUGAGAGCACCUGAUAAUUUGGAUGAGCAUCUGGUACUUUGGCUAUAGUACUUUGGAACAACAAUGCACUAAUAGAAAGAUUCAUUGUAUAUGGAAAUGGUCUGUAUGAAAAUGUCUGAAAUCUUAUUGUCAUGUCUCAUUCAAGACAACAAUCAAAUGUUUCUUUUUAGAACUGGUACUUGGCGAAGGCUGGGGAAGCAUUAACGAAAAGACUAAGGAAACAAACAUUUUUAGCUUUUCUCCGUCAGGUAAGCGUAUUGUGAAAAUUCUUGUACACUUUUACAAAGAUCAUUUGCGCUUAAAAUCACUAUAUAUUGGAGCAGGUUUCUUUGAUUCAAAUUGAUAUCAGGUAUGAAGUGCAUGUUCAAAGGUGUCAUUUUAAUUGAUCACUCUGAAAAAUACGUCAACGGCACAAAAAAAUUCUAAUACAUUUUAGUAUGCGAGCCAUACACUACUAAAACUUUAUUUGUCUCUUAAAAGUACAUAGUACCUUCCUUUACAAACAACUCUUAGUCAUUAAUGAAAUCACAUUAAGAAGGUCACAAGACUUUAACUGUUAGCAUCAUGGUUAUUAGCCGUGAAAACGAUGUAAACAAGGUAGCAGUUUGAACAACUACGGCGUACUAGAACUCUCAAGGGAAUACAUUACAUUGUCGACAGUGGCGGAAACUUUGCGCGAAAUAUUGGGGGGGGGGGCGCGAGCGUCGAAGGUAGGAGAUUUCUAGUGGGGUAUUAGGGGAAUGCUCCACCUGAUAAUUUUAAAAUUUGGAUUCAUGAAAUGGCAUUUGCUGCAUUCUGAGUGCAACAUCAAAAUUAUAGUAAUUUAACAGUGCAUUUGUUAUAAAUCAUGUGCGAAGUUUAUAAAAAAACGACAUUUCAGAGAAAAUAUUGUAGAUGAUUAAAUACAUUUGUGAAUGGAAUUGCAAGGUGGUUUAACUCUUUCUCGACAAGUCCCAUAUCUUCGGUUUAGUGCAUGCUAUGCAGAUAAUAAUACCACCAUUCCAUUCAGUGAAACAAUAUCAACUAAUUCCUCACUAUAGAUUUAGUCAUUGCCAACAUUGUAUCAAUUUAUGCCCUUUGAGAGUUAAGCGAGAUUGUAUAUUAUCAAAUUACGCAAUUGUCUGAACCUAAUAAUUUAGACUAGCCAUACCUUUCGCCGAACAUAACUUCGGCCCCUUCGAACGUAUCUUCCUGCUAAUAGUCUUGUUCGAAUCGCUAUCAAAAACAUUAUUUACAGUGUCAUUUUCCAGUCUGUACAGUAUCUUCAAAUUUGCACUUUUAUCACGGUAUUAUCAUUUCUGGUCCGACUGUGAGCUAAUCCCAACAGGAAAUACAAUUUCAAAACGUCAAAACAAUGCGACGUUUUGUAUCGUAUGACUCUGGAAAUGCCGGAAAUCGAUUCUAAAGGUAAAAGUGCACCUGCAUGUACGCGUGUUUUUUACGUCUCCCGGCUACGGGAGCUCUUUCCGCCACUGAUUGUGGACCUCUUCUUAGAGUAAAUUUCUAUUAUUCAUAAUUUUUUUCAUUAUUUCUAUUGUUCAUGAUUUUGCUCAUGAGUCUUUUUUAAAAUAGGUCAAGUCUUUGACAUUCUUUCAGUCUUUCAGAGACUAAAAUUUCCAAUACAUUUUGUCCAUUGGUCUUUUCGCUUGUUCUCGUGAUGUCACGUCCUGUAUUGACGUUGCCGUUGUAUUUGCCAUAUUAGACAGUUUUAGAUAACAAGACGGGGACGUCAAGAGGACGUGGAUGUCGUCAUUUGGCGCCAACUAUCGUCAGCUUCUGGUUUGCGACGUCGUCUUGGACGAUUUCACGACGCGAAAAUACAAUUUUCACGUCCUCUCUAGAACGUCACAGAUUUUUGCUUCUUUUGAAAAAAAUAUGAGACUAUGCAUAAUAAAAAUCAUCCUAUUUUGUUCCCCAUGCAUUGUUUAAUGAUACUAUCUAAAGUUUUUCCAUUGCCAAGGUUGUUUUUCUUGUAUUUCGCUAAAUUUUGGACGAGCUGAUUUUCGACAAAUACUUUCGGUCGCCAUAAACAAAUCAACAAAACUGCAAGCAUUGUUAAUAACCACUUCAAUACCGCUAGUAAUCUUCACCAAAACAAAUAUUUUAGAACAAACUAAACUGAAGUUAUAUUAACAACUGUUUAAAAUCAGGAAAACGUGGGGAAAUAGAAAAAUAAAAGCACUUAAAAGCAGUAAAAACUCAAUCAAUUUUAGUUGCUAUGUCACAACAGUGCAAAAAGUAGGACAAGCAAAAAAACGCUUUCCAGCGUGAAAAACUAUCGUAAACAGUAUUAAAUUUUACCAAUGUGAACACUGAUGCUAUAUUUAUACUGAACAGUUGACAAACUUGAUUGAAUAGGCUACAAACUAAAGCAUUUAGCUCGUAAACAAUACCUGCAGCUAUUGUAUUUAUUCCAAAUGAUGCAACAAAGUUCACUUUUCAAAAUACCGAAAUAUAGGUUUUUUUCUAAAAAAAACUUAUUGAAUGUUCAUACUAAUUCAUCAGGAAAUACUUAGCCAGUAUUAUAUAGCCUUUUCUUGCACAUAUCUUGCCAACUGAUUGUAAACAAUACAGGAAUGAACAGGUAACAAGAAAACAAAAAUUUGCUUCGAGAAAGACAAACAAACCGUCCCAGAUUAAAACCCGGAAGUGAACGCGAGAUGCAUACGUCAUUUUCACGUCCUCUUGACGUCCGCGUCUUGUUAUCUAAAACUGUCUACUCACUAAUGUAACAUGCAUCGUCUGUUAAUGUUAAUGUUAGUGUCGUCAUUCCUGUCCAUCGAUGCUCCAGUUCAUAAUAUUUUCAAUUUCUUGUUUUUAUUUAUCUAAUAGGAAAUCUCCUACUAUGAUCUUCCCAAUCACGGAACUGGAGCGAUUUGCACCAGACUAGCGACGGAAGUUUCCGCAGUGCAAGGUGUAAGUAAAACAACGUAGUUCAAAGACCAAUAUUUUCUUGAAACUAUCGUAGUGAUGAUAUUUUGGUAUUUCUUCAUAUUGACUAAUUCUUGGUACUGUCAUAUUCUUAAAUAAUUUAUUCCAUGCGUACUUCUGGGAACAGUUGUACGAAGGCCGGAUACCACUAUCCACUGGAUGGCGGUUUUUUUCAGGCUUCCUAAAACAACACGUUGAUUGGUAUAACCAUUACUAAACGUCAUCAUUAAUAUAAAUUAAAACUUGUUUUUUUAUCAAGUCCAUGCACCUCCUCAUUUUAUAGGUUUUUAAGUAGUUUAGCAACAACUGUUGAAAGAAUCAUUAUCCUGUCCUUUUACCUCGCCUUUUGGUUUUAUUACUAUAGUUUGUACGAAUCGCCCUUAACUACGUGCAUGAUAAAUAUUUAAAUGGAACUUAUUUUAUUUAUUUAUUUUAUUUUACAAGAUUCGCCGCACCAAACAAAUAUUAAACUUGUUCAAAUAUUCAAAUAUCUACGAGUGCAUUGGCUGGGACUGACCACAGAGAUAAACUCCAAUAACGGGGUCCCGACAAAAAAGACAAAUUACUAUACAUGCACAAAAACAUUAAUUGGCUUUCGCCAAACUGUCAACAACAUGAUCUGAAAGAUAAAUUUUGAAUAGAACGAGUAGAGUGGCGUUUGACGCACACCGAUUUAAAGGUUCUAGUUUUGUCUGGGUUGUAGACGUGUUCGAGAAGGUAAAAGUAGUAUCUAAAUAGUAAACUUUUAAAGGAAGCUGUAGAUCUUGUAGUGACUCUGAGGAUAUCGGGUAGAAUGUUCCAAACGCUGGGUGCUCUUACGUAAAAACUGUUUAAAAAAAAACAAAAAAAAACAAAACAAAAAAAAACAACUUAAUAUUAAAAAUAAAAGUAGCAAACUGUUAUUAGAAAAUGACUACAUGUGAUGUUAGCGCGCAUGGCAUGUCUGCUAUUUAAGUAAAAAAAAUUAAUUUGAUAUAUUCGUCAACUAUAUAUUGUCUCUCCAGGCGACUGGACCACAGCUUGGAUUACUUAUUGCUGGAAUUGUGACAGUAAUUGGUGGACUUUUGGUUUCCUUGACUGCCUCUUGGCAACUAGCAUUGCUCAUGAUGGCUUUCAUUCCUUUGCUGGUCGGAUGUGGGAUGUUUAUGAAUGCAUUCUUUGGUGCUACAAAGGAUUCCGCUACAAACAGAGGUGGAACGGUAAGAUGUAAAACAUUUUCCCCCGAACGAUGGCUCAUCUAACUACUAUGUUUAAUACCUCUAUCCAUGCACCCAUGCUACCUGACACGGGGGUAUUUUAGGUUUGGGACGUGUGUGGGAGCUCCCCCCAAAAUUUCAGGGUUUUUAUUUGGUGGUGGUGGUGGUGGUGGUGGUGGUGGUGGUGGUGGUGAAUUCCCCGUCCCAUAGUCACAAACCCAGACAUCAUUUCCUAUGCUCACCUAUUUCAAAGUGAGGGGAUAGAAAUGAUGUCUGGGUUCACCAACUACACCUCCAAGUGAAAUCUUACCCAUUUUGAUACUCAAGGUUAUAUGCCUUACUGCUUACCAGUUUAAUAUUAAUAAUGAUAUUCAUAUUCCAUUUUUGGGGAAAAUGCUCCUCCCCCCAGAAUUUAGCUAUUUUCAAAUUGGGGGGGGGCAAUUCGGGAUUUUUUUUUGGGGGGGGGGAUCAACACUAAUCCCCCUGUGACACUGAAUUGUACAUCACGUAGGAUACAAAAUGGAGUAGGUAUGCAAGUCGCAAAUUAAAACAAGGUUUUUCUUGGUCAUGGCAGGUUUACUUGUUCAGUUUGUGUGUACGGCAGGAAUUGACAUUUUUUUCUUGAUAAGGAGCCUCGCAGAAAAAUAUAUCUUGGCAUGCCAACUUUUGAACGACAAAACUUGUCUGUUUGUAGGGUCACACGGGAAAUUUGACUCAGUACAUCAGGAUCCUCAGGAUAAACAAUUCACGUUCUAUAACAUUCUCGGCAUUAUAACGAGCAUUUCAUAUAAGAUUUCGACCAGAAUUGAAUACGCACUGUUUAUUGCCCGUACGUGAUUUUUAAUCCAAAUUUUCCGUUGUGUUUGCACACUAUGAAGCUUGACGUUUUCGGGGUUUUGAUAGAAGAUGGUAAACAACCACUUCCGGAGAGACGUCUCGGCCAUAUCCCCAUGCCCUUUCUGGCGUUAAACAUGUAAAGUAAUUCACUAUAUAUUGGGAAAUGAUAGCAAUCAUAUCUUUUUUUAGACAGCAGAUGAGACAUUUAGCAAUAUCCAAACAGUCGUAUCAUUAGGGAGAGAAGAAGAGUUCUACGAGAGAUAUAGAGAAGAAAUGAUUGUUCCAUAUAAGUAUAUAUCCUAGUCCAAUUAAUAUGUACUUAUUACAAAGCUUUUAACUUUCCUGGUUAAUUUAACGAAUGAGAUAUACGCCUCUCAUUUCAACCAAUCCCACCAUUUAACUAAACUUCAAAGCUAAAUGUUUACAACGGUAUUAUGAAGAUCCUUUACAAUUUCUCCCUAAGAUGUUUAGUUUUCAAAAUAUUUCACCUCACGAUAUUUCGAAUUAUUAUUUAUUUUAAAAAAUUGAUGUUUCUCAUUGUCAAAAAACUUUAAAUCUAAAGAAGCCGUGCAUAUCAAUGAAAAAAAGAAGAAAGGAAAGAGUUUCUGCAAAAUGGCAGAAAAACGGAUGAUUAUUUCGACUAAUUGAAUUUAUCCACCGUGGGAUAUUAUAGUAUACCACGCUCACGCGUGACGCGUGGACACCACGCUUUGAAACAAUAUGGCGUUUGCGAGCUGUUGUUGUUGACUUUUUGUUUGUAAUUUCGUACGGAAGAUAUAUUGACUUAAGUUAAUCAAAGAUUUUCAAGAUGUAUGUUACCUUCAACGAUCCAAAGGGUACAUACUCAAAUAUUUUAAAGAGAAAACGUCAAAAACUCAGGUACACAUAAGAAAUUAAAAAUUAUAUUCGCUUCAAGUUUUAAAGUUUCAAAGUUUUAAAUUCUGAACUUGGUGGGUUCUUUAACUUUCGGUAUAAUAUAUCAUUUAUCGACCCUCCGCUCGUGGGAUUCGGCGAUAUUUCCCUCUGAGUGAUGAUAUUCGGGAAAUAGUACGCCGAAUCCCCCUCGCUCCGGUUCUAUAAAUGAUAAAAAUAUCUAAAAUACUAAAUUCGUUUUCACGUGUUGCUUCGGUUGAUAAUACAAACUUCGGGCUUGAUAAUUACGAUUACGAUCAACAUUUCUAGAGCGUAAAUUUACUUCGGGGCAUGAUCAAAUGCGAUUUACGUCGAGUAUUACGCAAUACUUAUUAUUAUGUAAUUACAGUACGUACUUACUGAGCCUACAAUCUUUGCCCAAAACCAAGGGACAGGUGCUGUAAUGAUGUCUGGUUGCGAGACGCCAACAUUGAAACGGGUAGGGGGAGGUGGAAAAGUAUAUCACGAAAUGGUAUGUUAGCCUACAACCAAAUGCAUGUAAAAACUAGACUGUCCCAAUCUAUAUAUUGUCAAAGAUUGUAGACUAUUUUAUCUCUCCAUAAUUUUGAUAUUACCUUCUUAACUGUGUUUAUCCUAACCCAACCCGUUAAUAACCCAAACGGAGCACCUGGAGAAAACCCUUUCGGCAGAACUGACUCUUUUGAGAGAGCUGAAAGUCACUUGCUCUGCCGACUAUGCUACUGCAUAUAAUGUUCAAGCCCACUCUAUAAUCAAAUAUUUCAUCUCUUUAACCUCUUCGGUUCUUGGUUCGAUAUACAUGACGUCGCAACUGGGGUAAAGAGAAAUUUUUAUUCUUUUAACCAAAUAUAUAUAUUUAUAAGCUUUCUAUCCCCAACGGCUCACAACAUAUGAAUAAAAAUGUCGCUUGAAAUUUAGUUACCCGCAUAGUGGCAGAUUAAAAAAUGUUUCCAAUCAAUAUCUCCAAAACCAACAAGAUACAGCAGAAGAGAAUUGUAACUGGUCUUCAAAACUUUAAAUAUAAUUUCAAGAUGUAUUGCCAUUUACCUUUAAACUUGUGGGGGGAAAAAAGGAUGAUUAAUAUAUACGCAUGCACGAUGCGUAAUUGGUAGUGGCUAUUACAUGCACGUUUAACCUGCGAUUUCACUUUCGCCUAAAGGCCGAGACACACCGCGGGCGCGAUUUGACAACGCCGCGCGAUAUUUCAGGUUUUGAAAAUUAAUAAAACAGCAAUUGAAAGGAAAUUUUAAAAAUAUGUAGACUAAAUAACUGAAAAUGUUAUAGCGCUUCUAAAUACUUGGUCACUGAAAAACGAAAAAUCGCGCCGCUUUGUCGAAUCGCGUCCACUGUGUAUCGGUCUUAAUUCGCAUGUUCGAAGGUUGCAACUUCUCAACCAUAUAGUAGUGCAUUUUUGCUCACUUUCUUUAAUCAGUAUACCAUUUAUGACUCACUUUUUUUAUACAGACUUGCAAAGAAGACGAGCCAUUUUGCAGGACUGGCCAACGGUUUUUUCUUCGGAAUCAUGAAUCUGAGUUAUGGAGCUGGAUUUCGAUAUGGAGGAUACCUGGUAGAGGAAGAUGACGUCAAUAUUGAAGAAAUGAUGACGUAAGAAUUUUAUCAUAUUACUGUCCAGUUACUUAUCGUGAAAGAAGGGAAUUCUGAUCAAUAUAUUUAGUGCCAGGAUCUACACUAGUUCCUUAGACUUGGAUUUAUAUAAUUUAGAAAAAUAAACGAUUAAUCUAAAGUGCUUCUUUGGCAUAUUAUUAUACUCCACACUCUUAUAAAUUAUGAUAAAUCAGAAAGCAUACUAAGGUUUAUGUGGAAAAUCCGAAUUCUAUGAAGAAACCUCAGGAAUUAUGGCUUAGUUCCCACACUGAAAAGUUUUAUUUUGCAUGGGCGGAAAAUAUUUUUUCCUUGGGGACAAACACGCAGAAAUGUCAAAUAUUUUCACAGAACAUUUAUGGCAGACCAUGCAUGCCAUCCUGCGCUUAGAAAAUUUUUUUGUCAAAGGGGAAGAUGAGGAAUCUGCUUGGUUCAUUUUUUAGUUUGAAGGCAUUUUAAUUUAGGAAUUGAUAGUUGUGUCGUCUGUAAUAGUAGCUAUUACUGCAGGUAUAAGCAUUAUUUUAGAGUAAAAAACAAAUUCCGAAAAGACAAGACAUCUCGAGAAUUCAAUAUACGAUUCAAAACAAGACGCAGGUUGAGACUGUAAAUUUUCGACUUUAUUUCAAAGACAUCUUCAGACAGAAUGAAGUCGAAAAUUUGCAGCCUCAACCACAAUCCAAUCUUGAAUUACUUUCUCCCCCUUAUAGUGCGAUAAUCACUGUAUUAAUAUGCUGUGUUAUGCUUGGUCAAGUCGCAUCAAUGACACCAGAUUAUGCGAAAGCAAAACAAGCAGCUGAACGAGUGUUUUAUCUCUUGGAUAAGGUUCCUCAUAUUGAUGUGUAUUCGAAAGAGGGAAUUAAACCGGUAAGAAAAGUUGCUAUAUUAAUAUUUGAACAACGUAUCCCACGGAUUCGAGUAUUUAGAAAAUUUAUCACUGCACAAAGAGUCGCCUUUGCAUAGUCCUUCGUCUUUGUUUAAUUAGCAUCAAAAAGAAAGGAAUUUUCGACGAAGUAAUUUGCGAGUUAGUGAGAGUGAUACGAAGGAUGUUUCCAAUUUGCAGAGGACGAAACUUUUACCCACCCCAAAUUGGGUCAGUAAGUUGAUUAGUUCAACCAAUUAGCGGGAACCUGGUAAGAAACAUGUCAAUCAAAGAGUCGCACUUAAUUACUUCUAUAUAUAGUAAAUUUUUUAUCUAUGCAAGAAGAACAAAAUCUGUCGCAGCUAGAAGAGCAUGUUAAAAUUUAGUUAAUUUGCAAAGUUUGGCCGCGAAAUGUUGUAAAAUGGGGAAAUUAUUUUAGCCCUACCAAAAUUUGCAAUCUGCAUUAUUAUAAUUGUAAUUUGUAUUACUCGCGGGAAAAUGCAUCACAUUUGGGCUAGUAUUCCAAAGGUUGUAGGUCCGAUUCCCACCGUGGCCAGGCAUAUUUUUCAAGCUUGCCCGGUGUGGAUAUACACUCAGAGUAACAUCACAAGCCUCAUAUUCACCUGAGUACUGUACAUUACAUCAACACAGAAAAAAAGACUGAUACAAAAUUUGCAAAUUUCGUAGGGCAAACGUUUUAGUUUUACUAAUUUUAACAUGCUUUUUCUGAUUCUUUUCUUUUUGCCUAGAUCAGAAUUUAGUCUAUAGAUGGAAUCGUCCAUUAACACUAGAAAUAGAACGAAUGCCAUUACUUCACGCUUGCAUGCUCAGUACAAUUUUAUAGCCAUAUUUUCAAGUCGAUGUUCGGCAAUUAAAGUAAUCAAAUAGUUUCAAAAUUACUAUUCAUCUUAAAAAUAUAUGGUGAAGUAUUAAAUCUAGUUUUAUGCUCGUUUUUUAAAUGUAGAAAACGUGUGGUGGUGAAAUUAAGCUCACCAGUGCCAGAUUCAGGUACCCCACACGACGAGAUUUCAAAGUUCUACGAAGUCUCGACUUGACAGUUAAACCUGGUCAGACGAUUGCCUUGGUUGGAACUAGUGGGUGUGGCAAGAGCACUGCAGUCUCGUUGGUGGAGAGAUUUUAUGAUACUAAUUCUGGUCAUGUGGUAAGUACUCUCGAUUUCAUAAAGGCCCUUCGCGUUGCAAGCCGUGUUCAUUUACGACCCCCCCCCCCCAGAAUAGAAAUCGUUUUGAAGGGGCCGUUCACUCUGGUGACUUAAUAGAUAGUUACGAAAUCGAUUCAGAAACGUGUCAGCGUGGACAACUGAAAAACGAGUUGACACCGAUUGAAGGUCGAUCUAAACUGAUCACAUGCAGAGGUGCUCUCGGUUCUCGUUUUACAAUCGAGAAUUUGUUGCUUAGCAGCCUCGUGUUUUUGCCAUCGUUAGUUGAUUCGAUUAAUUCAUUCUCGUUUUUGUGCAAAUGUAGACCCCACACAAGGAGUCCUAGGAACCAGUUUCAGAUAUACCGUAAACCUCCGACUAUAAGCCCCCGCGAAUGUAAGCCCCCCGGAAUAUAAGCCCACCACAUAUACUAAUGCUCAAUUCAUUCCAAAUAUAAGCCCCCCCCCGAACAUAGAGUAAGCCCACCCAAAUAUAAGCCCCCCAAAUAUAAGUCCCCCGAAUAUAAGCCCAGUAGCCCACUACGUUAUUCAACAUUUUCAUUGUCUUUUAAUAUAGCAGAGAAUGAUAUUUAAAAACAUUGUCAUUGUCUUUAUAGCCGACUAUAUGUUACGUUAAUCAAUGCACGUUAUUAAUGGAUGUUUAUUUUCCUGUUUAUGACUGACUUGUUGGUGUCUGAUUUGUUUAUUACUAACACAAAAGAUCAUCCAUGUAUUAGCCCCCGUAUAUAACCCACCCACCCCCUUAUAUAAGCCCAUCAAAAAUCGCUUACGAAAGUAUAUAAGACCAAGGCUUAUAGUCAGAGGUUUACGGUAUAAGAUCCCCUUGGCAAAUUAGAUAAAAAUUGUCUGGCAUUAGCCAGAAUAAAACAAUAAAAUAAGGUAUAUUUGGGAACAUUGCAGCUUAGGUAAUGGUUAAAAAUCAAAUAUAAAAUUCGAGUUGACAAAAAUAUUCAUGAAACACCAGCUCAGGUCCAGCUGUGUAGUGUAUACUACGGUUUGCCAUUGAAAUUUAAUGAAUAAAGUAUUGUUGGUCUGUGUAGUUGUGUAAUUUCAAUAGAAUGCACAAAAUCUUGCAUUCCUAUAUGUAUAUGAUAUAGUUGAGGUUGGGCAUUUAACAGCCAUUUCCCGAUUUUCCACCUCAGGUUCUAAAAUACUUGUCUUUAUAAUUGAAAUGAAAGCAGUAAACGCAAGAUAAAUCAGACAAAACUACAGUACUUGUAAAUCAAAACACGCGCAAGUUUUCUUAAUUGAGACUGCAAUGGCAAUGAGAAUGGCCUCAGCAUAAUGGCGGUCGUAUUAUAAAUACGACAAUCGCAGACAACAUUGAAUCAUUAUAAUUCUCGCAUUAUUAUAACAACUCACCUUAUUCCUUUCGACGUUUAUCACAUCUUUGAAGUUACAGGCGAACUAAUUCUAAAGCAUUGACGCUGUGGACCACACGUUUUGAAUUGCAUUGGCGGCCAGACCUUUGUCAUUCAAAUACAAACAGCAACCUUGCUCGCUUCUUCCUCACACUGUUUUAAAGCCAUCUUUAUGCUUCAAAUAUGCAUAUACUAAAGCCAUUUUAAUCAGUUUGAAUCGCUUCCAUCGCACUGACACUUAGAAGCAAUCCUAAUAGAACCCUCGCACCACAAUAGCAGAUAUAUUCCCAUACAAACGACCACAAACUAUAAUGCCAGUAUUGAUGUGAGAAGAAGGUAUUAGAUUUCACGGCGGCGCUAUCCUCAUUGGUUGAAAGCUUGAUCAUGCGGCGCGCGAAUAUUCAAAUAUUUCGGCCUCAUUGUGUGUUAUCUUCAUAUUGUGUUACUGCUGCUGCAAAUUAUAGCGUGUUAUAAUAUUUGAAAUGCGAAAUUUUGAGGUCAAAUUUUGCCAGUUUCCAAUCUGUAUGAUGAAAUGCAUAAACAUACAUGACACAUGCAUGUGACAUGGGAACUAUUUCUGUUAAUUUUUUGUUAUGUCCAGUUAUUAACUUCAAAUGUUUCAUUUGUGAAAUGGUUUAUAAUUUGCCAGUAAAUUAAUAUGCGGCUGUUUCAUGCUACCAGUAAAUAAUAUUCGGAUAAAUAUUUGCCAAUUAAUUAAUUUGGCGAAAUACCUGUAAUCGGCCAGCCCUAGCUGGUGACAGUAGACCAGGCUCAAAACGUGUGUUUAUAGACCGUGUUAUAUACUGUAAAAGUGUUUUAGUUUACGAAUAUAUGUUAUUCUAACUGCACAAACAGUUUUAACACCACCAAAAAGGUGCUAUUUUAACACCCGUGCUCUGUGCUAAUUUAACACCACCAAAAAGGUGCUAUUUUAACACUCGUGCUGCGUGCUAAUUUAACACCACCAAAAACGUUUUAUUUUAACACCCAUGUUCUCACUCCACAAACAGUGCUAAUUUAACACUGGGGAAUACAAGUUGUUAACACCACUUAUGGUGUUAUUUUAACACCAAGAAUUUAGCACCAGAAACCGGUGUUAUUUUAACACCACCUGUCCUUAAGUGGGUGUUAUUUUAACACCUCUAAAGUGGUGUUAAACAAUUUGAGUGUUAAAUUAACACUUUGCAAAAUAUUUUUAUUUAUGUCGUGUUAAAUUAGCACCGAAAAGGGUGCUAAAAUAACACCUUUGUUUAACACCACCAGUUGGUGUUAAUCUAACACCACCCGAGGUGCUAUUUUAACACCCUGAAAUUAACAGUGUAAUACUGAACAAGUGUUUCGUGAUAAAUAGCAAGUAUGCUACAAGAUAUGCUAUUUUUAGACCCGCUGAUCGCGAUUUGGAUGUGGCCGUGAGCAGGAAUAUUCAUGGCAGUUUGACCAGGCUGAGUUUUAGGCACGUCAGAGCUAUUUACAGCUCGUGUUAUUAAACCGCCGCUGAAAUUUACGUUCCCUGUGCACGGCACAGACCUUUCUAGCUCCGGUUGAAAUCAAACGAUAGGAAGCAUUUUCGACUAUUUGACUUGUCUGAGAUUGUGGUUACAUAUACAGUGGAAACAAACACGCAAAAAAACUAUUGAAAUAAUUCAUAAAUUUAAUUGCAACUACAUGCUGCUCGCGGACUGUGUCGAGUUUCAAUCUGGGCCAAACCGGGCUGGAAUUUCAGCCUGGGAUAAAACUUAA